AUGGACUACAAACAGAUUAGCCUGCUCUGUUUCUUCUUCAGUGUGACUAUUGCGUGCAUGUCGAAGGAAGAGGAAGUUGACGUAGAGUUGUCUGCAUUUGGCAGCACAGCAGACAAGUGUCCAGAGGUGGUUGAUGCAACCAAGGAGAUGCCGACAAUCGUCAAUCACUUGGUGAGGAAGGUUUGCAAUGGCAUGAUCUUUACACUGCGUGGUAUGGGACAGAAAGCGCGUGGCGAGUGUGGCAAGGCAUUCUUGCAAUCGCAGUGCAGCCCAUCAAAGAACUCCUCCACUCAAUUUGAAUGCUCUGUCGUAGCGCAUCACUUGCGCUUUGACUGUGCAAGUCACACAGGUCCACUGUCCGCUGAGGCUGCAAAGCUGAUCAACGAUCACUAUGUAGACAAAGUGGUGGUGGACAUUGUAGUGGAGCAGCAGGAGGAGGGAAUGAUUCGUGUUGCCGAUGUGACGGCAUUCGAGGCGGAUGUAUGUCUGCAGCCUCCAAUAGAGCAAUACAACUUUCGUCGAUGGCGACACUUUGAUCAAUUUCCCUCUUAUGAACGACAUCACUCAAAUUCAUUCACCUCAACCGGCAGUGACCUCCUGCUCCUCCUCCUACUCCUUCGCUGCAUGUUGAGUCUUUAG